UUCUCCAAAACUAUUGUGGUGGAGAAAGUUCAAAGGGAUUGUUUUGCUAGCAUUGCUUCUAGUGGCCAACAAACAUCGUCUGUUGGUGUGAAUCCACAGAUUUCAGCUCCACCUAGCUCAUUGCUGCAGAAAUAUGCAAUGGAACAAGCUCUCAAGACCUUCACACAACAGAUGAAUACUCAAAAUAACCCAUUUGGAAACACUGCCUUUGCACCUGGCUCACCCUUCCCAUUUCCACCACCACCACCACCAUCCCAAUCAACGAGUCCAACAUCGGAUUCAUUCAAGAGUGGAGCCCCUACCUUUAAGAGUGGAUCUCCUGCAGCAUCUCAAUCAAUAACUGAUAUACCUGCAACAAAAGUGGAGGAUCCUCCGUCCACAUCUGUCAAUAAUAAAGUAGAACCGCAGGAUGCACCAAAGAAAUAUGCUUUCGUAGAUGUCUCCCCAGAGGAGACGGUGCAGAAAAGUGCUUUUGAAGACUACAAGGAAUCAGCUCGUACAGAUUCACCCAAUAGUUACUCACAGCAAUCUGAGCAAGAUCCCCAAAAUGGCACGCCUUCAAACCAAGGAACAAAGGCAUCAGAUGGUCCCUCCACUAGUAACCCCCUCUUGUCAGUUGAUGCAUUGGAGAAAAUGAUGGAAGAUCCAACAGUGCAGAAAAUGGUUUUCCCAUAUUUGCCGGAGGAGAUGAGGAAUCCCACCACCUUUAAAUGGAUGCUACAAAAUCCAGUUUACCGUCAACAACUUCAAGAUAUGUUAAAUAACAUGGGUGGAAAUCCUGAAUGGGACAAUCGCAUGAUGGAUACAUUGAAGAACUUUGAUCUCAGCAGCCCUGAGAUCAAACAACAGUUUGAUCAAAUAGGCCUCACUCCGGAUGAAGUCAUAUCUAAAAUCAUGGCUAACCCCGAUGUUGCUAUGGCGUUUCAAAAUCCAAGAGUUCAAGCAGCCAUCUUGGACUGCUCUCAGAACCCUCUAAGUAUUGCCAAGUAUCAAAAUGACAAAGAGGUUAUGGACGUGUUCAAUAAAAUAUCUGAACUCUUCCCUGGAACUUCUCCUUAAAUUCUUGAUCCUCUAUCUCCGGCCAAAUGGCUAGGGUAUAGAUGCGCUUUAGUUUCCCGUUGAGCUUCAACUUCUUUGAUACAUCAGCAAGUCCUGUGCUAUGAGUAAGAUCACUGACAUCUUUGCAUCGCCACCGGCUAGGUAUACAUUGUUUUAGAUUGGGAUGGUGCUUCUUCAAGUCUUGGUGUAGUAUAUGUUAGUAGUUGUUAAGUUGAAACCCUCUUUUUGCUCUGGUAGUUUCUGAUACGAAUUUCAGUUGCACCUAGUCUUAUUUUUGGUUAAUAAUGAUGUUUGAGAUUUUCUGAUC